AACAUCCACAUCACCACCACCAAACCAUGAGAGUAUCGUUGUCAUUACUAGGCCGGUCCGCGUGGAAGGGGCCUCACGUGGUUCCUUUGCCCAUCAGCGAGGCAAUUAAGACCGGUGCCCCCAUCCGUACCAACGCCCGUAGCUGUACCAUAAUACCCCAGUUCGUGGGCUUGAAGUUCCAGGUACACAACGGAAAGGAGUACGUGCAGUUGGAAAUCAGUGACGACAUGGUGGGCAACAAGUUGGGUGAGUUUGUGGCCACCAGAAAGAAGUUUACCUACAAGUACUCGAAGAAUUAGACAAGUUCAGCAGUUCCACUCUGUACCAUAUCCCUGUAAAUACACCAAUACAUGUCCAGCACACAUUAUAGACCCAUUUCCACCUAAGGGUGAAAGAGGAGUUCGCUCUACACUCUGUUUGUAACACCCAUACUCUUGCUGAACAAUAAGGAUGCAUAGAAGACCUGUAGCCAAUAAUACCUCGUUAUCCCCAGGAGAGGGAAUAUCAUAGAAACCAAGUGCAACUUCAAGUAUCCUGGCACAGGCACCCUGAAUUCCAAUCAUGAUUGGUUCAGGAAUAUCUGUAUACCGACUGUUUCUAGGGAAAAGCCACAGAGGUUCAUGUUCAC